GACGCCCGUUGGGCGGCCAGCGUGACAAUUUGGCGUUGAUAUCAGGCAUAUUCUUCGGUUAGUCUUGGAUUAGUGUACUGCACAAUUUCAUUAAGUUGAAUCGUGAUUCAUCGUAGCUUACGGUUGACCGGAAGAUGGCCUCCCAUUCGGCCCAGCGUCCGCCGUCGCGCGCCUCGCACGCGUCGCGCGUGUCGGAGGUUUCGCGCGGCGCCGCGUCGCUGUACUCGGUGGGCUCUGUGCACUCGGUGCGAUCAUCGGCCGCUCGCUCCACCGUGCCGCUGACCGGAGAGAUCGAGCCUUGGAAGCCGCCCGUGCUCAAGAAGGCGCUCUUCAUGUCCAUACCCAAGGCGUCCAACAUCACCGCCAUCUAUUCCAUCCUGCAGGCGCUGUUCACCAUGAUGACGGCCGUGUUUGACGUGUAUGUGCUGGUGGAGGCAGAGCCCGGCAAGGAGCACUUCGGCUACUACGUCAUUUCUUUCGAGUUCGUGUACGCCGGCAAUCCGCACGUGCGAAACUGCCUGAUGGCCUUUGCCAUCUUCAGCCUGCUGUUUGCACUCGCCCUGUUGAUCAUCAGCAUCGUGUUGCUGCAGGCGCUCAGGAAGGAGAAUGAGAAGCAGAUCCGGCCGUGGCUGCUCAUCAUGUUCUUCCACACGUGCUGGCGCGCCUUCGCCAUCGUGUUCGCCUCGCUCGUCAACGACAUGUACUUCGUCUACCACGGCCUCAUGUGCUUCAUCUGGUCGUCCAUGAUCCUGCUGAACGUCUACGGCUGGCUGGUGGUCUGGUCCUUCUUCAACGAGCUGACCGAGGUCUCGAAGCUGGAGGACAUCGCCCAUCUGAAGAUGGGCACGAUGACGUCACUGAACGCCACGCAGUACUCGCACACGCCGUCGGUGAGCAUCCAGCCGGGGUCGCGACCCAUCACGCCUCACAGCUACAACGGCCAGUCCAUCUGAGCGGGCGCGGCGCCGCGACCGCACGGGCCUCCUCGGGCCGGCGAGCGCAUCGCGCCGUGUGCAGCGACAGCCAAUCACGCCGCGCGGUCGUCCGGUCGGCGCGCUGCCGACCAAUCGCUGCGUCCGGCCCAACCUGUCGACCGUUCAGACAACGGACGGCGAGAAAGCACAGCGGAAUCGGCACCGUCCGACGCAUCGAGUCGGCGUGCGCCAGUGACGUCAUUUGACGGCUGUGACGUUGCGCCCGCUGUUGCCGUCACAGGGUGCCUCGGCGCCCUGUGAGCGGAUGACCAGAGGCUGGGCGCCGGCGUGGCGGCAGGGCUGCGGUGCCCGGCGAGGCGGCGGUCGCGUGACAUCACUGGCGACGUCACCGGUGACGUGUCGACGGUCAGAAGGCCGGAGCGGAGCGGUCGCCACCGCUCCCCUGCUCCCCCGGCCCCCUUAUCCGUCCUUGUGGAGCUGUGUAUGUAGCCGACCCAACGGCUGCCUGCGGCUGGUGGCGAUGUCAGCCCUUUUCACAUGUUGCGGCUUCAGUUAAGCGGCCGUGCGGAGGCAGCUUGAAACCAAUCUGGAAUUAGUUGUCGGCAGCACGUGAUCGACCUGUCCAAUCGGGCCACUGACGCCAGUCUUUUGCCGUGUAGUUGAAGUGCUGUCAGGACAGUGCUCGGCGCUCGGCACAGAACAUAACCGGUGUUUUCGAAUUUUAUACAUGUUUUGUAUUGGGACGUGAUAAGAUGGGCCGCAGCUGUUGUGUAUGCAUUCUUGAGAAUUCAUUCUGCGGGAUCUCAAGUGCUCGCGCGGUUAGUCAGUGGAUUUACUGAAUGAUACUAAAUUUGGCACCGCUUUUCAUAUGUCCGAUGACCUGGCCGCGUCAUUUUUUGUGCCUACGUGACCCGUGGCCGUGCUGUUCGACCAAGUGUUCUUCAUACAAGUGUUUUCAUUUAUAUCUGGUGUAGCGUGGAUUUGACUAGCUGCUAGUUUAGUGAACGGUAUUCCAUUUUUACACAUUGCAUUUAUCAUUCUUUUAUGGAGAUGUCUAAAGCCCGACUCGUGCGUUACGCCACCUGCGGUGAAAACUAGCCGCGUGCGUGUGUGACGCCUGCGUUUGGAAGCGCGCGGGGAGACUACGCUCCCCUGCGUUUGUCUCUGACGCAGGCGUGGUUGGGGAUAUCCGCCGUUUCGUGUGGCCUUUCGAGACACUCCGGCUGUGGGGGUACCCCGGCGCAAAGCAGCCAUUGACCUGCUGACCGUGCGGAGGGGCGACGAAUCUCAUCCGGAAAGCUCCGUCCAUUGUCCGUUAUCUCCGUCCAUUAUCUGCGGCGCCUUGUAACCUGUGCGAAGGAGCCAAGAAUCUGACCUGAACUGUCCGUGCGUCGCUCGCAUGGGGCGCUCCAGCAGCGUCGUGCCUCGGCGCAGUCGUGCACCGCGAGCAGCGCCGCCGCCCUAAUACAUUCGUGUGUCUUGUUA